UAAGAUAAAAUUGUGUAGUUUUUCAUUUAGUGUUUCAAGAAAAAGAACAAAAAAACAAAUUGAAACUUGCCUCCAUUAAUUCACCACGUGAUCAAUACGUUUCAAUAAACUCCGCUAGAGAGCACCGUCUGUAUGUCCAACCUAAGUGACGUUUCGUUUGACACGUCGGCACACGCGCUACACUUGCAACGUUUCUGCGCAUGCGCCGAAUUCGACUAUAACAGAAGGACACUUAAUUUUGUUCAAAUAGCGUCUCUGUGUCAAUCAAUUAUUUUAUAUUUAAAAAAAUAUACAAAAAUGUCAGGAAAAUCAAAAGCAUUUACUAAAGAGGAAGAACUUCUACUUCAGGAUUUUUCCAGAAACGUUUCUACCAAAUCUUCUGCAUUAUUUUAUGGUAAUGCUCUUAUCGUCUCUGCGAUCCCUAUUUGGCUAUUCUGGAGGAUUCAUAUGAUUGAUCUAUAUACUAAUUUGAUAUCUUUCGUUUUGGUCACUUUAAUAAGCACAUAUACUCUUGCUCUUGCAUAUAAGAAUACAAAGUUUAUUCUCAAGCACAAGAUCGCAGUAAAGAGAGAAGAUGCAGUUACUAAAGAGAUGAAUCGCAAACUUGCAGAGGAUAAGAAAAUGAGUAAAAAAGAAAAGGAUGAAAGGAUUUUGUGGAAGAAAAAUGAAGUAGCUGAUUAUGAAGCGACGACCUUCUCUAUCUUCUACAACAAUGCUUUGUUCCUUGCAUUUGUCAUAGUAUCAUCAUUUUACAUAUUAAGAGCAUUCUCUCCAGCAGUAAAUUAUAUACUUUCUGUGGGUGCUACCAGUGCAUUGUUAGCAUUGUUAUCUACAGGUUCUCAAUAAUAAUAACAAUUCAAUGAU